GGGAGGCGGCCUGGGCGUGUCGGUGUCUGCGCGGCCGCCUCUGCCCGCCCCUCCCGGCGGCACCCGCGGGGCUGAGGCGGCCUCUCUCGGCUGGUCCGGGCGCGGGGCCGGCCGGGCCGGGGGCAGGAUGCUGGGAGCCCUGUGGAGCUUCCUCAAGCGCCACAAGAAGAAAUGUCUCUUCCUGGGCACCUUCCUGGGCGGAGUCUACCUACUGGGAAAAUAUGGGCAGAGGAAAAUUAAAGAAAUCCAAGAAAGAGAAGCAGCUGAAUAUAUUGCCCAAGCACGAAGGCAGUAUCAUUUUGAAAGUAAUCAGAGGACCUGCAAUAUGACAGUGCUGUCAAUGCUUCCAGCACUGAAGGAUGCCCUAAUGCAUCAGCUGAAUUCUGAAAGCCUCACAUCUUUACUGAAAAAUAGGCCACCAAACAAGUUAGAAAUAUGGGAGGAUUUAAAGAUAAUAAGUUUUACCAGAAGCAUCGUAGCUGUGUAUAGUACAUGUAUGCUUGUAGUUCUUCUGCGAGUCCAAUUAAAUAUUAUUGGUGGUUACAUCUACCUGGAUAAUGCAGCAAUCUGCAAAAACGGCACAACACUUCUAGCUCCCCCUGAAGUCCAACAGCAAUAUUUAUCAAGUAUUCAACACCUUCUAGGAGAUGGUCUGACUGAGUUAAUAACUGUAGUUAAACAAGCUGUGCAGAAAGUGUUUGGAAGUGUUUCUCUUAAACAUACUCUGUCUCUUUUGGAGUUGGAGCAGAAACUUAAAGAAAUCAGAAGGUUGAUAGAACAGCAUAAAGAUUUGUCCCACUCAGAUAAGAUUGGAUCUAGAUCUCUGUUGUGUCAUUAUAUGAUGCCAGAUGAAGAAAACCCAUUAGCCACCCAGGCCUGUGGACUUACAGAAAGAGAUGUUGCUACUAUUAAAUUACUUAAUGAAACCAGAGAUAUGUUGGAAAGCCCAGAUUUUAGUACAGUUUUGAGCACAUGUUUAAACAGAGGAUUCAGUCGACUAUUGGACAAUAUGGCAGAGUUCUUUAGACCCACUGAACAGGACCUAUGUCAGAGUGGCUCUGUAAAUAGUCUCUCCAGUGUCAGUCUUCCUUUGGCAAAGAUAAUACCCAUCAUAAACGGACAGAUCCAUUCAGUGUGCAGUGAAACCCCUAGUCACUUUAUUCAGGACUUGUUGAUGAUGGAACAAAUGAAAGACUUUGCUGCUAAUGUGUAUGAAGCUUUUAGUUCUUCUCAACAAUUAGAGAAGUGAACUGUGCAUCAAAA